AUGAGCUCCUUUGAGAAGUCCGUCAAGGGGGCGACCAAGAUCAAGAAUGCUCCCCCCAAGACCAAGUAUAUCGAGCACAUCCUAGUCGGUACUCACUCCGGCGAGGCUGGCAUCGCCGAGGUCCUCCGCGCGCUCCAGAACCGACUUCACGACUCAACAUGGACCGUCGUCUUCAAGAGCUUGAUGACGGUUCACCUCAUGAUCCGCGAGGGGUCUCCAGAGGCGACACUGGCGUAUCUUGCCCGACAUCGAAACAUGCUAGCUAUUAGCAACUUCGCAGAUGCUCAAACCCAAGGCCGAAACAUCCGCCACUAUGCCAAUUACCUCAUCGAGCGAGUGCGCGCAUAUCGCGAUACCAAGACUGAUUGGGUGCGCGCCCCGGAAUCAAGGCUGGAGAGACUCACUGUCGAGAAGGGUCUGUUGCGAGAGACGGAAGUCGUUCAGCAUCAGCUUACGGCCUUACUGAAAUGCGAUCUCCUCGAUCAAGAACCAGAGACCGAGAUCACGAUUGCCGUAUUUCGAUUACUAGUCCUCGACCUUCUACCUUUGUUCCAGGUCUUGAACCAAGGACUUAUUAACAUUCUUGGUCAUUUCUUUGAAAUGUCAAAGCCGGACGCCGACAGAGCUAUGGAAAUCUAUCGGACUUUCACUAAGCACACAGACUACGUCGUCCAGUACCUCAGCACUGCGAAGCAGUGGCAGCAUCAUACCAGGGUUGAGGUUCCCAAGCUCAAGCAUGCGCCCGUUAACUUGGGUCGCCAGCUUGAGGAAUAUCUCAACGACCCGGAUUUCGAGAUCCACCGGCGGCAGUACCUGGCAGAACAAGAGGCAAAGAAGGGCAACAAGGGAUCCAAGUCCAAGGCUACAAAGAGCGGAAUCGACUUCCCCAAGGCACCAUCCCCUGCGGCUAACAAUCCGUUCCCGCUCCCCAACAGUGGAAAUGCGACUGCCAAGGUCGAGUCAAAGCCUCAAGCUAACAAAGGACCGGACCCCGACCUCAUCGACUUCUUUGACUCCAUCGAGCAAAAUCAGAUACCGAUGCAAGUCACCGCCCAACAGCCUCCUAUGCAGGUGCCCAUUCAAGCUCAGGGGCAGGAUUUAGCUUUCCAGGCGCAAAACGUCGGGCUAGGCUUCCAGCAAGGUCAAUUUGUCCAGCAACCUCAAGGCUUUGUCCAGGGCAAUGGAUUUCCACAGCAGGACAAUGGAUUUAUGCAACCCCCUGCGCAACUGCAGCCAACCAUCACCGGCUUCAGCGGCUUUGGGCCACAACUGGGCCCUAUCCCUCAGAACACUGUUGCCAAUUUCCAGACUCCUAUCCAGCAACAACAACCACCUCCGUCACUUGCCGCUCCGGGCAUGACCAAUCCUUUCCGCCAGUCCAUGCUGGUAGCACAGCCGACAUCCUCUUCAUCUCAGCUGUCAACACCGACGUCAACAAACUCUCCAGGCCAGAAUACGGGCCCUUUCCAAGCCCAGCCUGUACAGCCCCAGCCCACGAGCACCAACCCUUUUGCUCGCAACGUUCCCACCGAAGCUCCGCAGCAGCAGCAGCAGCAGCUCCAGGACCAGCAGCAGCAAUCUUCGGGACUUGCUCCACAGCCGACGGGUGUUACGAAUCCGUUCCGCCAAGGCGCCUUCGUCAAUCACGCUACUGGGAUGGGCUGGCAGCAUAAUCAGACUCCGAUUGGUGGCGGUAUUGAUCACAUCCAAACUGUGCCCGUGUUCCCUCGCCCGGCACAGCAGACGCCCUGGCAACAAUAA